UGCCAUUUUCAGACCGAUCAUCAUUAGUUUGUCGUCCGGCCCCAUACAGUGUAGAAUGUCGACUCGCGACCGCCGCAGUAUUUUCCGGCCGUGCAUCGAUUUACACGAUGGUCAAGUGAAGCAGAUCGUCGGGGGCACACUGUCGGACAGCAAUCCAGAAGCAUUGAAAACUAAUUUCGUAGCAUCCCAAUCCCCAGGUGACUUUACACGUCUAUAUAAACGCCACGACCUUUGUGGCGGGCAUAUUAUCAAGCUGGGUCCCAAAAAUGAUGAUGCAGCAAGAGAAGCUUUAGCUGCUUGGCCAGGCGGCCUGCAGAUCGGGGGCGGCGUCACUGAUGCCAAUGCACAGGAAUGGUUAGACAAUGGUGCCAGCAAGGUGAUCGUAACGUCGUACCUAUUUCCAGCCGGCAAGUUUUCCCUGGAGCGACUACAGGCUAUAUCUCAUACCAUCGACAAGGACAGGCUAGUAAUCGACGUCAGUUGCCGCCGUCGAGGAGACAAGUGGCUAGUGGCCAUGAAUAAAUGGCAAGAUAUCACAGACAUGGAGGUGUGCAAAGAGUCUCUCGAUCUACUAUCCCAGUAUUGUAGUGAGUUCUUGAUCCACGCUGCUGACGUGGAAGGCCUGUGUCAAGGUAUUGACGAAGAUCUCGUGAGAAGACUGGGUGAAUGGGUAACAAUACCAACUACCUAUGCCGGAGGAGCGAAACACGUAGAUGAUCUUUCGCUGGUUAACAGACUUUCCGGCGGAAAGGUGGACUUGACAUACGGCAGUUCUCUCGAUAUCUUCGGAGGAACACUGGUCAAAUUCGAAGACCUAGUGAAGGUGUCUCGGGGUCCGCGGGAGGCUUGCGGUUGACGCUGUCGGGUAACGCUGCCACAGUGGUCAUUUUACUCAUGUACCUAUCUUGCGACCGGAACAACAAACACGUUCUGCAACAAUCAUACUUUCAAGUCGCAUGUGGCCCAAAGACACAGUUGGAAAUCGCCCGCAAGUACUUCGAUCUGCCGUUGACUAUCGUCGGUUGGUGCCUUUCGAAGGCGAAGAUUCUGAAUGCGAUAUCCACGACCAAGUCCACUUCCAAAUUACUAUGUUCAGAGCUCGGUCUGCCGCAAUCUGUUCUAUCAACGGACAAAGCUUACGAAGGUCGAAUGUGGUGUCCUCGGGCAUCGAACAGUCUUCGUGCCAUGUGUUCUCACUCAGAUCACAGGCACAGCGGCAUGAGUAGGUAAUUUAUUUGCUUCCAAUAUGACGACCACAUUGCCCA